AUGGCAGCCUCAUCAUCAGCCUCCUCCCGACGGAGCCAGCACUCGUCGUCAGCCUCUCUCAAAGCACCCUCUUCAUCCUCCCACCACCGACAACGCUCCCCACGGACCUCGACGGCCGACGCAACUGCCUCGACCGAUGACCUCGUCAACUACCUGCUCGCCGCCAAACGCGCCCUCUCCAGCAUGACCCUCGUCCUACACGGCCACACGCUGACCAACACCGCGCGCACUCUCCACGAGGACAGCGCCAUCCUCGCCACCCAGUCCCGCUUCCUGCGCGCCAGCAUCGCUGAUGCGGCCACCAUUCUCGUGCGCCUUAGGAGGACCUUUCAGGGAACAUACGACUGGGCGAGCAACGACUUCAAGAACCUGAUACGCGCCAUGGACGAGACGGACGGCGCGCUCGACAAGACCAUGGGCAUGCUGCGGAGCACCAGUGUCAAGAGCGUCCUGCGACCGAAAGGCGAGGAGACGCGCAGUCUACUCGACUUUCUUGACGUGGAAAGCGUCGAUGGGCUGCGCGAGGCCCUGAAGAAGAGCAUCGAAGAGCUGCAGAGUAUCCAACAGUCUUUUGAUGGGGACCUCUUGCGGUUCGACACGGACAUUCGCAACCUCAAGAAACUCAUGCAGGAGGCGCCGGCCGAGGUCGACCUGGCAACAGAAGAACGAACGGAUCGCUUGGCGGCCCUGAUGGAGCGGUCCGCCAACAUGGCUCAGUGUCUCUCUGACCUGACGAACCACUUUGACAUGUGCGUGACCGCCAUCCGCACGACGGAGGGGGCCGCGGCCCUCGCGAGGCGCAAAGCAGCCGAGGCACCGGGCCCAGACGGCGUGUCCAUCUCUGGCGUGAUAGCCGAGCAGGAUGACUCGGACCUGGAGCCCAAGACGGCCGAGGACAGGGCUGAAAUGCUCAAGGUCGUCGUGCAGGACGCCGCCGAGGUGGACGACGUGGUCAAGGACAUUCAGGACAACUUUGCGGCCAUUGAGCAGGAUGUGCACGCGAUGGACGAGGAGCGCGCGACCGCCAAGGCGAUCCACGCCAACACACUCGCGGCGUACUCGGCCAUUGGCGAGAUUGGCGACCGCCUUGGCGCCUACCUCGCUGCUGAGGAGCAUUUCCGCCAACGGUGGGAUCUGGAGAAGGACGUCGUCCACGGGAAAUUGGACGAGAUGAAGCAGCUCCGCGAGUUCUAUGAGCGGUACUCGUCAGCGUACGACGGUCUCGUGCUCGAGGUGGAGCGUCGCAGGGGCGUUGAGGACAAGAUCCAGAGCAUAUGGCGCAAAGCCCAGGAAAGCGUGGACAAGCUGCUUAUGUUGGAUGCGGAGGCGCGCGAGGCCUUUCGCGCUGAUGUUGGCGAGUUCUUACCCACCGAUCUGUGGGACGGCGUGCAGGGUCAUGCGACUGGGUUCCAGGUGGUGCCCGUCGAGGAGGGGAAGAAGCAGGACGAGCAAUGA